AUGAAGAUUCUGAGUGGAUUCCAUAAUGAAAGAGCAAUGGCCGCUCCAAACAGUUACGGAGGACGCUGUGAGCUGGUCCUGCUGUGUGCGCUCCUGGGCAUGCUGUGGGAGAUGGGGACGGGACAGAUUCACUAUUCCGUGCCAGAAGAGAGCGACAAAGGAUCCUUCGUGGGAAACAUCUCCAAGGACCUGGGGCUGGAGUCACAAGAACUGGCAAAGCACGGAGUCCGCAUCGUCUCCAGAGGUAGGACGCAGCUUUUUGCUCUAAACCAGCGAGGUGGCAGCUUGGUCACCGCAGGCAGAAUAGACCGGGAGGAGCUCUGCGCUCAGAGCACUCGGUGUCUUGUAAAUAUCAACAUCCUGAUUGAGGAUAGAGGAAAACUUUUUGGGAUAGAAAUAGAAAUCACUGAUAUCAAUGAUAAUAACCCAAAAUUCCAGGCCGAAAAUAUGGAAAUAAAAAUUAACGAAAUGGCUGUGCCUGGCACACGUUAUCCACUCCCAGAGGCUGUUGACCCAGAUGUGGGCUUGAAUUCCCUGCAGAGCUACCAGCUCAGCCCCAAUCACCACUUCUCCCUGGACGUGCAAACUGGGGAGGACGGAACUAUAAGCCCUGAGUUGGUGCUAGAGCACGGCCUGGACCGGGAGGAAGAGGCUGCUCACAACUUGGUGCUCAUCGCCUCGGAUGGAGGGGAACCUCGUCGCUCCAGCUCAGUGCACAUCAAAGUGACAGUGCUGGAUGUGAAUGACAAUGCCCCGGUGUUUGCUCAACCGAUUUACCGAGUGACAGUCCCAGAGAAUGUGCCCCCUGGCACCCUACUGCUUACUGUAAGAGCUAGUGACCUGGAUGAGGGAGCCAAUGGAGAAGUGGCAUAUAAAUUCUGGAAAAUUAGUGAAAAACAAUCUCCGUUAUUCCACCUUAAUGAAAACACUGGAGAAAUAUCAACAGCAAAGACUCUAGAUUAUGAAGAAUGUGCACUUUAUGAAAUGGAAAUACAUGCUGAAGAUGUGGGGGCUCUUAUGGGGAAGACCAAAGUGCUCAUUUCAGUGGAAGACAGAAAUGACAAUAGACCUGAAGUGACUGUUACAUCUUUGUUUAGCCCAGUCUUGGAAAAUACUCUUCCUGGAACAGUAAUUGCCUUCUUAAAUGUGCAUGACCGAGACUCUGGGGAAAAUGGUCAAGUUGUCUGUUACAUACAUGACAAUUUGCCUUUUCAACUAGAAAAGUCAAUAGAUAACUAUUAUAAAUUAGUGACAUGGAAAUAUUUGGACCGAGAAAAGAUCUCCAUGUACAACAUCACAGUGAUGGCCUCAGACCUAGGAACCCCACCUUUAUCUACUGAAACUCAUAUCAUUCUGCAAGUGGCAGACACCAAUGACAAUACACCCGCUUUCUCUCAUGCCUCCUACUCAGCCUAUAUUUCAGAGAACAACCCUAGAGGAGCUUCCAUCUUCUCUGUGACUGCACACGAUCCUGACAGUGGCAAGAAUGCCCAGAUCACUUAUUCCCUGAUGGAGGACACUACCAUGGGGGCACCUCUCUCCUCUUACAUCUCCAUCAACUCUGACACUGGUGUGCUGUAUGCACUGUGUUCCUUCGACUAUGAGCAGAUCAGAGACUUACAGCUACUGGUGAUUGCCAGGGACAAUGGAGAACCUCCACUCAGUAGCAAUGUGUCUGUGAGUCUGUUCAUUCUCGACCAGAAUGAUAACAUGCCUGAAAUUCUGUACCCCUCACUCCCCACUGAUGGUUCCACUGGUGUGGAGCUGGCACCCCGCUCUGCAGAGCCUGGCUACCUGGUGACCAAGGUGGUGGCAGUGGACAGAGACUCAGGCCAGAACGCCUGGCUGUCCUACCGCCUGCUCAAGGCCAGUGAGCCAGGGCUCUUUGUGGUGGGGCUGCACACAGGCGAGGUGCACACUGCGCGUGCCCUGCUGGACAGAGAUGCGCUCAAGCAGAGCCUGGUGAUAGCAGUCCAGGACCAUGGCCAGCCCUCUCUCUCAGCCACUGUCACCCUCACUGUGGCCGUGGCAGACAGCAUCCCAGAUGUCUUAGCUGACCUGGGCAACACCAAGAACCCCACCAACUCUGAUGAUUCAGACCUCACAUUGUACCUGGUAGUGGCUGUGGCCAUUGUCUCCUGUGUCUUCCUUGCAUUUGUGAUUGUGCUUCUGGUGCUCAGACUGUGGAGAUGGCACAAGUCUAGUCUGCUUCAGCCUUCAGGCAGAGGGUUGGUGAGCCUGCCAGCCUCAAGCUUUGUGGGUGUGGAAGGAGUACAGGCGUUCCUGCAGACCUACUCCCACGAGGUCUCUCUCACUGCAGACUCAGGGAAGAGUCAUCUGAUAUUCCCACAGCCCAAUUAUGCUGACACACUCAUAAGCCAGGAGAGCUGUGAGAAAAACAGUUCUUUAUUAACAUCCAUAGAUUUUCAUGAAAGUAAGGAUGAGGCUGCUUCUGUACAGUACUUUCCUUUGUGGAUAAUAACUCUUAAAAAAAAACAAUGACUCCCUCCGGAUGGA